AUGGCUGAUUUAUACAGUGGCUCCACUUUAGAAAGUUUACUAGACGGAUUAACCGACUUGAAUAGAAUCCCGAAGGAGUACUCUCCACUAUUAGAACCAUACUUUCAAAAUAUAGCAAAAGAUGAGAAUUUGAAAUCCAAAGCCCUUGAAAUUUGUCGUUCUAAUUUCCAUAAAUGGAAGGCAGAAGAUGAAAAAGGUGUCGAUCCUGAAAUUACAAGAAGAUGUCUUAACCUGUGGUAUGUCAUCAAAGGUAAAGAGUACAAAAAAUUAAAGAAUCCCCCACCGGCUGAUAACAUUAUUAAAGAUGAGAUUGAUGUGUCAAAUAUUGAGGACCUGAAUGUGGGCAGACUGGAGUUCGAUGAAUAUGGUAAACCUAUAACUAAUCCACUAGAUAAUCUGACCUUAGAAGAGGUCGAAGUUAGUGACUUCAUAAAAGAGUAA